AUGUUCAAUCAUAUACAAUCAACAUUUUUUGAGAUACAUGUCGCUUGUUACCAGAUCAAAAAUCAAGGUGUGAUAGAUAUAGUUGCCAACCUAGAAAAGAAGAUGUUAAAAGAUGCUUCAUCUUUUAUAAUUGCAUCAACUGCAACAGAGGAGGAAAUGCUAUGCUGGUAUCAUCUUGAACAUGUUGUAUGGACUGAUAAAGCCCUAAAUAUGAAAUUGAUGAGGAAGGGAAUUUUGACCAACAUUUAUUCCCUUAUGGUGACUACAAUAGUUUUUCCUUUUUCUUUUUUCUCUCAAUCCCAUAUAUCGCCUUUCUUUUAUGGAAUAUUUGUUAUGAUGGAAUGAAAUCACAAUGAAAUGGAACUGAUAAGUGAUAACUCACUAAGUGCAACAGGG